CGGGACAUCAUUGCGCUCGCGUCGUCGCCAGCCUCGACACCGGGCAGUGGCGACGGUAGCGGCAACCCGCUGUUUCCGCUGCUGAAGGCUGCCGUACGCUGCCUGAACGCCUGGGUGCGGUUAGACGACAGCGGCGCAUCCGGCUGCGGGGUGUCCCCAGCGGAGUUGGAGGCCCUCUCGCCAGGCAUCCUGUCCUGCCUGCUGCACCUGCUCGCGCCGCCGCCGGCUGCUGCCGUUGUACGACAGAGCGACGCCGAGGCGGUUGCUGCCGUACGCACGGCGGUAGCGGAUCUCCUGACGGAUCUGAUUGGAUCCAGCGGUAAGACCUGUACGGCAGCCGCCGGAGGGGAAGCCGCCGACGCUGCUGCCGUGACGGUUGUCGUACAGCAACUCGUACCGGUGGGCCGUCAGGCUGCUGAGUCGCUCGGGGCUGCGACCUCCGCCGGGAGCAGUGAGGCUACUGCUGCGGGUGCUGCUGCUGUUACGGUUGCGUUGAGUGGGGUGGUAGCGGCUGUGCGGGUGGCGGUGGCGGUGGCUGAGCGCAACCCGGGGGGGGUGGCCACGGGUCCGGGGGAGGCGGCGGUGGAGCUGGCGAGCAUGGUGGUGGCGGCGGUGGCGGCCAGCCCCUCCCGUCGCGAGGUGACGGGCGAGGCGUGCGACUUCUUCCUUGCGAUCAACUCCGUGCCCAGCGCGGAGCGGCACCCCGCGCUGUGCGCCCCGCUGUUCGGCGCGCUGCUGCCGCUGCUGGCGGGCGGGGUGGCGUACCCGGCGGGGUUCCGCGGCUGGGAGGAGGAGGUGGAGGAGGACGAGGAGGCGUGGGCCAUGUUCCGGGAGCAGCAGGCGGCCGAGCUGUUGGAAAACAUGUACGGGCAGUGCCGUACGGCCCUGGUGGCGCAGCU